AUGGGUUGUGUACAUUUUUUAUUCUGUCUCUCUGUAUUAGUCAAUACACAUUUCAUUAAUGGCCAAGAAAUAUGCACACUUACGGACAUUGAGUGUCUAACGCGAGAGGCUCAAAAGGCUUUUAAUGCUUUCGUACCAGGAAUUAAAGGUUUGAUUGAACCUAGUGAUCCGUUGUUUCUCAAAGAGAUUCAGUCAAGUAUACCAGGUUUGUCAUAUCGCACAUCUAACCUAACACUUACUGGCAUAAAACAAUGUCAAGUUAUUAAGCUAAGGCUAAUUAGAGAAGAUUUAUCUUAUCAAUACGAUUUGCAGUGCCCCCAGUUGGUUUUAAAUUAUCACCAUAAAGCCAAAGGCUCAUUAAUGGACACGGUAGAACUUGAUACCGAUGGAUUGGCGACGGCUACUUUCUCCGAUUACAUUCUAAAAAUUAACGGAAAAUAUGGGAAACAGAUUAGUGAAAAAGAUCAUAAAGUUCACUUUUUCUUGAACGGUUUUACUUUAGAUACUGAACUUAGAGGAGACUUAACAUAUUCCAUUCAUAGCCCACUUCAUAGUGAUCAAACAAAAUCUGACAUUGCUUUGGCUUAUAUCAAUCAAAACGGUAAGGAAAUUGAAAAACGUUUGAAAUCACCGACCAUGGAAAAAUUCGUGGAAAAACUUUUAGAAAACCUUGACCUCUACUUGAGAAACUUUAACGUAGAAAUUCAAUAUCCAGAUGAUAAAGGUGUUUAA